GCUGACUUCCCCGCUGAAAAAUAAUAAUUCCCUUUCGAGUGAUUCAAUUUUCCUGAAAUGGAGCGAAAGCAGAGGAAGUUGCCCAGCCACCGACGCUUAGACCAGGAGCUGUCCUUCCACCAAAGACUCCUGGGCGGUGUGCAAAAGAGUUUCGGAUCCCCGUUGGCCUAUGAAGCUGUUUCGCCUUUGGCAAAGGACAAUAGAUUGUCAGACUUGGAGACCUUCAUAAACGUCCUGAAGUGUGGAUUUGGAACUGGUUGCUUGGCCAUGCCAAAGGCUUUUCUGUAUUCGGGUUGGCUAAUUGGUCUUAUAAGCACUUUCGCUCUGACCUCCUUUGUGCUCUAUGCGAUGCAUACUCUGCUCCAGCAUAUAAACGCGUUGGGAAAUCAAUAUCAAAUUCCCAUGCUCAGUUAUCGAAAAACAGUGGAACUGGCUAUCAGCAUUGGUCAUCCCAAGAUUCGUUUUCUGAGCAAGCCCUUUGGAUACUUAGUGGAUGUUCUGAUGUGUGCCUAUCACUUUGGAGUGGACUGUGUCUACGUGGUCUUCAUAGCAAAAAGCCUGAAGCAUUUGGGUGAUAUACACUUCUGGCCCUUAGAUGAGAGGCUCUACAUGGCUUUUAUUGCCUUGCCAUUGAUCUUAACGUUUUUAAUACGCGAUCUAAAAAGUCUUGUGCCAUUUGCCUUAACAUCCAACAUCCUCCUGUUUCUAGGCUUUCUUCUAAUAUUGAGUUUCCUGCUCCGGGGUCUUCCCAAGUUUGAACAUCUUCAUGCCAUUCAGCCAUUGGGGAACUUUCCACUGUUUUUUGGCACGGUACUGUUUGCCAUUGAAUCCGUUGGAGUGAUCUUAGCCCUUGGCCGCAAUAUGCGAACGCCGGAGGAUUUUCUGGGACCCUGUGGGGUUCUAAAUCAAGCUAUGAUCGUGGUGAUUACCUUUUAUGCGAUCUUUGGUUUUUUUGGAUACUGGCGGUAUGGUCAAGAUACGGCCAGCUCUAUUCUGGGGAAUCUGCCUGAAAAGGAAUUUCUCCCCCAGUUGGUAACUGCAAUGUUCGCCGUGGCAAUUUUCUUCAGCUAUGCCCUGCAGGGUUACGUAACUGUGGAUAUUAUCUGGCGGAAUUAUUUGGAACCAGAGUUGGAAGACGGUUCUACCAGUGCGGUAGAGUUCUUGGUGCGCAUCGCCUUGGUAAUCGCCUCGGUCCUGGUGGCCAUUCAGUACCCGGACUUUGGACUGCUGCUCUCCUUUGUGGGAUCCUUUUGUUUGGCACAAUUGGGUCUAAUUCUGCCGGGAAUCGUGGAUCUAUGCAUUCGCUAUGAGGAGGGCUACGGACCUGGAAGAAUCUUUUUUUUCCGAUCAAUGCUGUUUAUCAUAAUGGGUCUAGCCGGUGGAAUGACCGGCACAGUGGUUACCCUGCGCACCCUCCAUGCUCGUUAUCCCGUCAUCAAGAGAUUUUAGUUCGAAAUGUGA